AGCCCCUGCCCUCUCUGGCAUGGUCCUCGUCCAACCCAUCAUCACCGUUGUGGGUGUCUGGGCAACAACCGAGCACUCGGUUGAGUGGCUCGCUGCGGGAGCAGCUGCAGCCUGCCGGUCGGCACGCUCCCACGCCUCGGCGGUGAGCAGCAAUGGCGGUUCGCUGCUGAGGUGCGCUUCAACGGCUGUAGCAGCAAACUACGGUCUUCUCGAUAAGUCUCCUAAGCCUCUGCUCUCCCUGCGACUCUCUUGCUCCCAUGGUAGAAAUCCUCUCUUCCCCCAUAUAGAAUCCACGCGGUGCGCGUGCACAUGGCUGUGUCUGUUUUCCCACAAGAGUCUUUCGAUGGAAUUCGAUUGCAUCUUCCUUCCCGUGUUCCGUUUCCAGUUCCACCACAUGGUUGAACAGUAGAAAUCUAGGGAUUGAAAUCCACAUCUGGUUUCCUUUCGAGAUGUGUGGUGAUAGUGCCCUGUGGAUCCUCCUCAAAGCCCCAAUUCACAAGUUAGAGUGCUCACACGUCACCCAGUAUGUACACAACCUGGAGGCAGCACCUACCCAGACUGGAUUUCGAAUAUCGGAUUAUCAUGUAGUAGACACAAUUGGGCAUCACAUUCACACCUGUUCUAUACACCUGUGUGGACGUGUUACGUGAUCCAAGCCAAUUAGUCCUGCCCAAGACCAUGGAAUUCAACAAAUCAUAAGCAGUGUUGUUGAUGGAUGUCCACAUCCUCAUGAGUCAGAGGAACUAAUGGUCCAUGUUGAUUUGUUUUGUUAUGAUGAACAGCAGUGUGGUCAAGCAAACAAAAAAAUUAGGCAAGAAGUCUAUCGGUGAGAAGUUACCCGGGUGUUUUCUUGUCUCUCAUCUUCUGGGUUCAGCAAAGGGAAUUCAAACCGCCAGGAUGCAGUUGAUGUUGGUGUGGAGUUUGGCAUCUGCUGUGAUGUUGGUGGCAUCUGGAGCCGGUCCUCCCUCAGCCGCUAGUCUUGCACACUGCCCCAAAACCUGUGGGGAUGUGAGCAUCUGGUACCCCUUCGGCAUCGGGCCUGGCUGCUUCCGGCAGGGAUUUGAGGUCACCUGCAAUAGGACCACCAAACCUUGGAAACUCUUCUUGGGCAAGGGAAACACCACCACUCAGGUAACUGCCCUCUAUCCUGCAGGAACUGUCCUUGCCUCUUUUGUGUACACCAUCACCAUGGCACCAGGUGUAGCCACCUACAACUUGUCCUGGGAGUCUCCUGGGCGGAACCUCAACAUCGAGUCUUACAAUUACUUUGCGUUCCUUGGUUGUGGGAUUGGGAUCUACUUAUUCCACCUAGACACGGGUGAGCUUGUAGGCCAUUGCACAAGCAAGUGUUCCUCCAUGGAGGCCAUGCUCAUAGCAACACAAGGAGGGAGCUGCAAUGGCAUGGGAUGCUGCACUGUCACAUUCCCAGUGCCGUUUCGAGGGUUCAGAGUGAGCAUCGUAAAGAACAACGAUACAGUAUCAGAACCCUUCCGUGAUAUCACUGUCAAGGCUUUCUUAAGCUUCCGUCCAUAUAAGUUUAGUGUUAUGGAUCUCUUGUCUGAUAAAAUAAAUGCAAGUAUCGUUGCUGCUUCAUCGGCGUACCUCUCAACUGUCAUCGCCGAUGAACCCAACUGCAAACAAGCCCAGUUGGAUAAUAAAACACAGUAUGCAUGUGGCAAUAGCGAUUGCAUGGAUGUAAAAAAUGGAGGCUACUCUUGUGCUUGCUCUGGAAAUUUUGAUGGUGGCAACCCAUACCUUCUUGAUGAUUGCAAACAAGAGUAUAACCUAACCCCCAAGACAAACUGUUCUCGAUCAUGUGGAAGCACACAUAUUCCUUUCCCUUUUGGUCUGGAGCCAGGCUGUUUCGCUAAAAGGAGAUUUCAAUUGAAUUGUGCGUCCAAUCGCACUCUUAUUGGAAGACCACCUGCAAAAUAUGAAGUGACAAAUAUUUCAUUAGAUGAAGGACUCUUGUAUGUCAAUAAGCUUUCAGAAUCUGAAGACGCCAACACAAAUUAUUUAUCGAUAUACUAUGGAGGUUCUGAGUACUUUGGCCAGCAACUAAUUUAUGGUCUGGAGAAAUCUGACUUAUCUGAAGAGUAUGGUUCUUGGAGUUGGUCAGUAGCCAAUUUGACAUGUGAAAGUGCAAAACACGAUAGAACUUAUGCAUGCAUCAGCACAAACAGCGAGUGCCUUGGUGUUACACAUGGGACGAUCUAUGUUGGUUAUUGUUGCAAGUGCUCUUCUGGUUUUGAAGGAAAUCCUUAUGUUCAAAAUGGAUGUACAGAUAUUGAUGAGUGCUCGAUACCAAACUAUUGUAACGGGACAUGCUAUAACUUUCAAGGAAGCUAUGGCUGUUGCCCUCAAGGUAUUAAUUUUGAUCCAGUAAGAAGGCAAUGCACUUCUAGUAAGCGGCAAAGUGUUCUUUUGGGUAUUGCUGUCGGAAUUAGCAGUGGUUUUGGAGUCCUACUUCUUACAUUGACUGCAAUCAUAUUAGUCAAAAGGUGGAGGACAGACACACAAAAGAAAAUCCGAAGGGCAUACUUCCGGAAAAACAAAGGCCUACUCUUGGAGCAGCUGAUCUCUUCGACUGAAAGUGUUACACAUAACACAAGAAUAUUUUCCUUGGAAGAAUUAGAGAAAGCAACCAACAACUUUGACUCGACACGUAUUAUUGGACAUGGAGGCCAUGGCACAGUUUACAAGGGUAUUUUAUCUGACCAACGGGUAGUCGCCAUCAAAAGGUCCAAAAUUGUAGAGCAGAGUGAGAUUGACCAAUUUGUUAAUGAGGUGGCCAUCCUGUCACAGAUAAUUCAUCGCAAUGUGGUGAAACUUUUUGGUUGUUGCCUUGAAUCUGAGGUGCCACUUCUCGUAUAUGAAUUCAUCUCUAAUGGCACACUUCAUGAUCUUCUUCAUGGCAAUCUGAGUGCCAAAUGCUUGUUAACAUGGGAGGACCGUAUCAGGAUUGCUCUAGAGGCUGCAGGGGCACUUUCUUACCUCCAUUCUUCUGCUGCUAUGCCAAUAUUUCAUAGAGAUGUAAAAUCAACUAACAUACUCUUGGAUGAUGCCUUCACUGCAAAGGUUUCAGACUUUGGUGCUUCCAGAUCCAUUUCCAUUGAUCAGACUCGUGUGGUUACAGCUGUGCAGGGGACAUUUGGCUACCUAGAUCCUGAGUAUUACUAUACAGGCCAAUUAACUGAAAAGAGUGAUGUUUAUAGUUUUGGUGUGAUACUUGUUGAGCUCCUAACAAGGAAGAAGCCAAUUUUCCUCAACCACCUUGGUGAAAAGCAGAACCUGUGUCAUUAUUUCCUUCAAGUGCUUAGAGAUAAAACUACUACAAAUUUGGUGGAUUGCCAAAUUCUAGAGGAAGCUAGCCAAAGUGAUGUUGAUGAGGUUACCUUGAUUGCAGAGAUGUGUGUAAGGCCUAAAGGAGAACAGAGACCUAAAAUGAAAGAAGUGGAAUUAAGAUUGCAACUCCUAAGAUCUAAAAUAUCUGGAACAUACAAAGAGGAGCCAAAAAGGGGCAGAAAAACCAAACAGUUAAUAUCUUCAGAGUAUAAAUCUACUUACCUGACUAUUAUGAACAAGAGAGCUGAAAAUGACCUUGUUGAUAACCCAGCAUCCCACGUUGCCUCUAGGUGUUACACCAUGGAGCAAGAAAUGAUAUAUUCUACAGAAUUCCCUCGCUGACUGUGCAUUAUGUUGCAAAGAACUAUCCAGUUGCUUUGUGUACUUGUACCAUGUAAACCUAACACUGUCGCCUCAUGUUCAAUAUACCACACUGUAGAUCGAUGUAGCUAGUGAAUUAGUGCAAGGUAGAAUGAGUUUACCAUAGAAUUGUUCUAGAUAUCCAUAAAUGAAUUUCAAGUGCAUUGAUAAACUUUUCCGGAUUUCUUUCGUAGGAUUCGGGCCACCAUGUUUUUACUGUUCAUAUUGAUUUACUAUGCUUCUGUGACAUCUGUUUGUUACUGAAUCAAAGAGUGCCAACUUAUAACUUCAGAUAUAACCUUUCAUCUAGGUUAGUAAAGUA